AUGGCCUUGCGCCCGUUCUGGAGCAACUCGAUGUCGUCCACGGCCUUGUCUUGGUGGUCGUCGCUGGUACUGGGCACGUCCUUCACUUCAAUGUGCUUCAAGAUGGUGCCGUGGAUGCCGCACGUGGACCGUUGCAGCAACGCAGUGGGCGUUGUCCUUGCUUGCCCCCUUUGUCAAAACAACGACACGUCAACGACGUUUCUUCGUUCUGUGUGCGUUGAGCGACCAGUUAUCCCAGACAUCCGAUACAACCUCAAUGCUGUGUCCGACGCCAACGCGCUGCUGGACUUUCGCUUCGACGUCAUGGGAAUCAAGAAGUUGGACUACCUGCUUGGUCUCUCGGUUGUGGUGAUUACUGCUCAACGCUACCGUGCUUCCCGCGACGAAGCGAUGUGUAUUUUGCUCGGCCGUUUGGCGUUUCCAACUCGUUUCCACACCAUGACGCAGACGUUUGGGCGUUCACGGGCUGCUUUGUGCGCAAUUCUUGUCCAAUGUAAUUGGAAGAACAAGCAUGACAUCUGCUUUGUCGUUGAAGACGCAGCGGCGCUGAGGUGUCUCCAUGCCUAG